AUGAAGCCCACAUGGCUGGACACGCCCCAGAAAGGGGAGGAGGCCAGCGUCCGCAGGCUCAGUGCCGACCCCUUCACCGCCGACUACACCAUCAACCAGACGCUGCAUGGCCAGUCACACCCGAACGCCCGGCGGUUGAGCAUAGACGUAGCGCCCGACUUCGUCAACCUCGACACCGUCGUCUCGUCCCCCGGCACGUCGGAGGGCACCGCGGACUCUGUGCCGACGUCCAAGGGCCGGGCCGAGCUUGACGACUCAGCGCCGCUGUCCUUGUUAUCGGGGCCGACGCUCCCUCUCCCGAACCACACGUAUCGCAAGGAGCGCCCGACGUGGAUUAGCCGACGAUGCGGCGACCUCAUCACGUUUGCAAAGUUCCUGGGCCCCGGGUUCAUGAUCGCCGUCGCCUACAUUGACCCCGGAAACUACGCCACCGACAUUGCCGCCGGCGCAUCGUACCACUUCGACCUCCUGUUCAUCGUCCUGCUGAGCAACGUCGUCGCCAUCUUCCUCCAGAGCCUUGCCAUCAAGCUUGGCACCAUCACGGGCCUCGACCUGGCCACCGCGUCCCGCGUCUUCCUCCCGCGAUGGCUCAACAUCUUCGUCUACGCCCUCGCCGAGGUCGCCAUCAUCGCCACGGACAUGGCCGUCGUCAUCGGCACGGCGACCGCCCUGCACUUGCUGGUCCCGCGGCUGCCGCUCAUCGCCUGCGUCGUCCUGACCAUCGUCGACGUCGUCUUCAUCGUCGUCUUCUACCGGCCCGACGGCUCCAUGCGUGGGCUGCGCAUCUUCGAGAUUGGGGUCUGCGUCCUCGUGCUCGGCGUCGUCGUCUGCUUCUGCAUCCAGCUUUCCCUGAUCGAGGAUACGACCGUCGGCCAGGUCUUCCGGGGCUAUCUCCCGUCCAGCUCCAUCAUCGAGACUCAGGGUCUGUACCAGUCCUGUGGCAUCCUGGGCGCGACGGUCAUGCCACACAGCCUCCACCUCGGCUCCGGCGUCGUGCAGUCCCGCCUCAAGGAGUACGACACCAAGGAGGGCAACCUCCAGGAGAUCCCCCGCUCCGACACGAUAACGACGGACGGCAGCUAUCAUAAGGUUUUCUACUUUCCCUCCAUGGACGCCAUCCGCCACUGCAUGAAAUUCUCCAUCGCCGAGGUCGUCUUCUCCCUCUUCAUCUUCGCCCUCUUCGUCAACUCGGCCAUCCUUAUCGUCGCCGGUGCCGCCCUAUACCAUGGCGAGACGUCCCUCGCCUCGGACAUCUUCGGCAUGCACGACCUCCUCGCCAACAGCAUCUCCUCCGCCGCGGGUAUCAUUUUCGCCUUCGCCCUACUGCUGUCGGGCGUCUCUGCGGGCCUGGUCUGCACCAUCGCCGGCCAGCUCGUCAGCGAGGGCGCCCUUAACUGGCGCAUGCGGCCCUGGCUCCGCCGCCUCGUGACGCGGAUGAUCAGUAUCACGCCCACCAUCGUCGUCGUCGCCGUCGCGGGCCAGACCGGCCUCAGUAACGCGCUGACAGGCACCCAGGUCGUGCUCUCGACCGUGCUGCCCGUCAUCACGGCGCCCCUCAUCUACUUCACCUCCCUCAACAAGUACAUGACCGUCGUCCCCGGCGCCGCGAGCUACGGCUCCGACACGGGUGUCGUGCCGGCGAGGCGCUUCAGCGUCGUCGGCGUCAAGAUGGCCAACUCGUGGUGGGUCACGGUGCUAGCCGUGCUCAUCUGGCUGAUGAUCACCAUCAUGGUCGUCGCGAACCUCGUGCUGUUGGUGAUACAAAUCGCGAGGUAG